GGCAAGUCUGUCAAUUAUAUUUUGAAGGAAUUUGUCAAAAAUCGAAAACGUUGGUUUUCAGUGUCUUGUAGUCGUUUUUGCUGGAAUUCCACAGGCCUCAUCAUGAAUGCUGUUGUAAAAUCUAGGAAACUAUUGAAAGUCACAUCUUUCGUUCUAACCCGAAAUGUUUCCGGCAGUUGUGUCAACAGGCAUAAUGAUUCAGGUAUUGUGCAUCCGGAGGCUCAAGAGCCACAUAUUCCCCCUUACGUGGAGCGAGAAGGUGAAGAACCAGCUCUAAAAAGGGCCAGACUUAUGUACCAGUCUCGCAAGCGCGGUAUGUUGGAAAAUGGCCUUUUACUCAGCACAUUUGCUAAAAAAUAUCUGAACUCAUUCAACGAGUCACAAAUUCAAUUAUAUGACCGACUAAUUAAUUUACCUUCAAAUGACUGGGACAUAUUUUACUGGGCUGCAGAAGUGAAGCCAACACCUUUGGAAUUUGAUAAUGAAGUAAUGGAUCUACUGAAAGAACAUGUUAAAAAUAAAAACAGAGAUGUCAGGUUGAUGCAACCAGAAUUGUAAAUAUUGACUAGCACUGUAAUUACAUUACUAGUCUGUUAGAGAUUCAGUUCUUCUUCAAGAAGGGCAAGGUAGAAAACUGCGGUAGCAUUGGUACCCAGGAACCCCUUCAUGUUUGCUGCUCUUUCCUUUCUACUUAAGGAUUUUUACAAUGAGUCAGUAUUUUUGUCGUAGCAAUACGAGAUUUUCUCAUUUCAAACUCAAGUGUUUGGAAAAAUAAUUUUGAUGAUGUAUAUUAUCUGGGGAAAAAAUAAAUAUUAGAAUUCAAA